UGCACCCUGCCGUACAGCGAGGACCGCGUUCCGCUGGUGGCCCUGUACAGCAUGGUGCUGGUCGUGGGCCUGCCGGCCAACCUGACCACGGUCUACAUGACCCUCCUCCAGGUGCGGCGCAAGAACGUGCUGGGCAUCUACCUGCUGAGCCUGUCCGUGUGCGACCUGACAUACCUGUGCACGCUGCCCCUUUGGGCCGUCUACGUAGCUGGCGGCCACCAGUGGCUGUGGAGCGCGCGUGCCUGCAAGGUGACGGGCUACGUCUUCUUCACCAACAUGUACAUCAGCAUCUUCCUGCUGUGCUGCGUGUCGGUGGACCGCUACGUGGCGGUGGCGUACGCCAUGGAGUCGCGCGGCCUGCGGCGGCAGAAGCUGGCGGCCGCCGUCACGUGCGCCAUCUGCCUGGUGGUGGCGGCGGGGCACCUGCCCGUCUUCACCAUGCAGGAGGGGGACACGGGGACCGGCGACAAGCGGUGCUUCGAGCCGGCCCGGAGCAGCGCCACGGUGACGGGCUUCAACUACGCCCGCUUCCUGGUGGGCUUCCUCAUCCCGCUGGGUGUGCUGGCCGUCACCAACCGCGCCGUGCUGGCCAAUGUCCAGGCCAGCCCAGGGCUGCGCCCGGGGCAGAAGGCCAAGGUGAAGCUCCUGGCGGCAACUGUCGUCGGCCUGUUCCUCAUCUGCUUCGGGCCCUACCAUGCCAUCCUGCUGCUGCGUGCUGUCAUGUACCACCUGGACUCCUCCCCCCAGGCCGAGUGCCGUCUGGUGACCAGCAUCUACACGCCCUACACCAUCUCCCUGGGGCUGUCCACCAUCAACAGUGCCACAAACCCCAUCCUCUACGUGCUGGCCAGCGACAACAUCCGCAAGGAGAUCCGGCAGGUUCUGGGCAGCCUCCACCGGCACUGCACCACCCCACGACCUGGGGGCACGAGCGCCAGCCAGCACAACAUGCACAACGCCAGGAACAUAUCUGACGCAGCGCCCACCCAUGGCGAUGGGUGAGCUGGGCGCGCCGAAGCCACAAGCAGCCAUCUUGGAGGCUUAC